AUUUUAAAAAGAGAAGAUGGGGUGGGUUGGAGAGCAGAUCGAUUCCAUCAAAUCCUUGAACUUCAGACAAGCUCUCACUCAAGCAGUCAGCCUCGGUAUGAUCGUUACAUCAGCACUUAUAAUAUGGAAAGGAUUAAUGUGUAUCACUGGUAGUGAAUCACCUGUAGUUGUUGUGCUUUCUGGAAGUAUGGAGCCUGGUUUUAAAAGGGGUGACAUCUUGUUCUUGCACUUUAGUAAGGACCCUAUUCGCGCUGGAGAAAUUGUUGUGUUCAACGUUGAUGGACGUGAAAUUCCUAUUGUCCACCGAGUUAUAAAGUCACGUGACAGCCCGAGUGUUCCUCAACCUCUUCACAAGAAGGGGAAAAGAAAGAAAAGAAAGGGAGGGGAAUCGAAGUGCCAAUUUCACCGGAAAGUUCAUGAGCGCCAAGAUAGCGGGGAGGUUGAUGUCCUGACAAAAGGGGAUAAUAAUUUUGGGGAUGACAGACUUCUGUAUGCUAAUGGCCAGCUCUGGCUGCAUAGACACCAUAUUAUGGGGCGAGCUGUUGGAUUCUUGCCGUACGUAGGGUGGGUGACAAUAAUCAUGACUGAAAAGCCUAUCAUCAAGUAUAUACUGAUUGGUGCUUUGGGAUUGCUGGGCCCAAUUGAAAACUAUGGCCGAAGUCACAAACAAAGCCCGCAGUCUACUUUUGAUCAUCUUCAUUUCAUUCUUAAACAAAUCAACCGCUUUGGACUCUUAAUCGUUGUAGCCACUCUUGCCAAGAUCAAAAGCCUCCUCAAAACAGCGGUGGACAAGCACGAGGUCUCGUCCCUAAGGACGUGCUCUGCAGGCUACGCAAGGGCCAUCGCAAGCCUCAAGCGCGCGGAUUUCAGGACAAUAAGCGGUGGGACUUACGUGGCUUUGAUUAAGGCGAUAAGCGACGCCAACGACGAGCCGCGCGAUUGCGAG